AUGGCGGCAAAGCCAACCCCGGAGACAAGACCGAUGCCGAACUCUACACUAGCUGUCUACACUAGCCGUCGUCCAAUAUAUGUGAGAGGCGUUCCGAAGGCCACGCAGAAAUCGGCUUUUAGCUCAGCAGUCAAGCCGCCACAAUGUUUCAAGAUAGUGGACUUGAAACUGCACUCGAGCUAUGCCCAAAAGAAAAUGUGA